AUGCGUGCGAGGAGGCAGCCGUGCCUCCGGGGGUGCCUCCCGCUCUGGGCUGCGGCGUGCGCGGCGGCACGCGCCUCGGCCGAGGAGACCCUCGUUGAGGUCAGCCUGAUACAGCUGAGCGCGCAUGCUGCCUCGGAGGCUGCCUCGGAGGCACGGGAGUCCGCCGCCGUGUACGAGGCCGUCGCGGCCGCGCUGAGAACGGCACCCUGUCUCACUCGCAGCACAUCUGGGAGUUCGUGGCCGCGCAGCCGUACGCGCCCACCUGAGCGGGCGCGGGUGCUUGUACCUCCCGUCGAAUGA